AUGACGAGCACGUGGUGCUGGUGCAAGACCUGCGCUAGGAAUUUCGUAGAUUGGAAUGCACUCCAACAACAUUGGGAGUCAAACUAUGCCCACAUUGAAGAUCAUCAGUUCUGCAAUGUCUGUCAAGUUUGGUGCCCUGACGAGAAGGGCUUGGCGAGCCACUUGAAAAACCCGAGGUAUCAUAAUAUCUGCUUUACCUGCGAAAUGGAUUUCGGCGCCGACAGAACAGCAUGCGACCUUCAUAUGAGGGAACAUGGGAAAUGUCCAUUCCAAGGUUGUGGCAAGGUCUUCCAGCCGGAUCAGCUUAAUGAGCACCUCCAAUACGCACAUCUCCACUGUCAAAAGUAUUUCCCGUCUCCCGACGAGUUGGUGAGGCACUACCGCCUACUCAAAACCUGGGCGCUCGGAGUCCAACAUUUUUAUUGUUCCAAAUGCUUCUUAGACUUCGAAGACAAUACGAGCUUGGAAAAUCAUUACUUCGACUCCCCCGCACAUUUUUACUGUCUCGUCUGCAAAUUACACAUGUUUAGCAAAAAGGAGCUGCAUAACCACUUCACACGCUGGGUAAUAGAACCUCAUUACUAUUGUGGAAAGUGUUUCACUCCUUUUCGAACUGAGCAAGAGUAUGUCCUGCAUACCACAUCGAACCCCGGUACACAUUCAUACUGCCAUCAAUGCCGUGAGAUCUUCCCUCAGAAAGCAGCUCUCGUUGCCCACAAACGCUUGAGCCCAGCCCACAACUACUGCGAGACUUGCGAUAAAGACUUUGAAGACGAGGAUUUCCUGAGCCUGCAUUUGCAGAAACAGCACAACCACUGCAAGAUGUGCAAUCAAUCUUUCGAUACUCUUGACGAAUUGGAGAACCACAAACGGCUAGGCCCAAUCCACCAAUAUUGUAUUGAAUGUGAAAAGGACUUUGUGGAUGCCGACAUUUUGACACUUCAUCGACGAGCAAAACACGAUUACUGCGGUAUUUGUGAUAAGGUGUUCUCCUCCCCGAUGGAACUAAAUGAGCAUGUAUCUACUUUACACCACUACUGCGAAAGAUGCAACCGAUGUUACGAGUCCCUUGACGCUUUCGAGGAACAUAUGGCUCAAAGCAGUAACCAUAAGCACCGCUGUCUAAAAUGCGAUUUCGAGUCCGCAGAUCUUGAAGAUGUGGUGAACCAUGACCACGACCAGCACCCUUGUUGCGAUUUGUGUCAUAUUGAGUUCGGAGAAAAGCUAGGUUUCGAGGCUCAUAUCAGUGAUUAUCACCUCAAGGAGGUUAAGGAGAUUAAUGAGGUAACAUGCGAGGACACUCGAACAGAAGAGCCCAGCCCAAUUGGCAUCGGGAAGACGUGUAUCGCUUGUCAGGAGAGCUUCUCUUCAAAAUUAGCUCUAGUUGCUCAUUGCGAGGAAGGAGAUUGCUGGACGGGCUUUUACGAUGUUCUAAGCCGCGAAGAUGGCAGCAGAUCCUUCACCACUGAUUCUAUCACGAAAGCUACAGCCAAGGAAGCUAGUGUUGAGACUCCUAAGGGGUCCCAUGAUUGGUCGGGUUAUAGUUUAAGUUUCGCGGAGAGGGAAGCUCUCGCCGCCCUCGCAGCUCACCAUGAUAGCCCUGACCAUCGGCUGAUGCGUUUCAAAUGCCCGCACCCGUUCUGUGGAGAUUUAUUUUCUACGUUCGGUGAGCUGUUGAGCCAUUUAAACGCUAUGGAGUGUGGCAUCUGGGUGGAAGAAUGCGGGAAUGCGGGUCUAGACCAUCUGAGGGCAUACCUGUCUUAACUGUUGUCCUUGUGGAUGUCCUAUGAAUCUGCGUGUGGGGGUUUUAAGUUCAGGAGGUGAUGUGGUGUACUGAAUAGCAAAGAGAGGUGGCACUAUGGCUGA